AUGCCAAUAUUUUCUUAUGCAACAGAGGCUACCACUCAAUCCCAGAAAAAAUUGCCGACACCAAGUUCGAAUAAUGGUAAUUCGAAUACAAAAAUUUCAGAUAUUGUAGAUCAGAUAGCCUCCUUGAAUUUACUCGAAGCUGCAGAUCUGGUUCAACAGUUAAAGACGCGACUUGGUAUACAAGAUAUAGCCAUGUCUACGGUUAAUGUGGCUUCUUCGGCAGUUUCUGCUCCUGCAGCAGCAGCAGCACCAAAAGUUGAGGAAGAAAAGCCAGCUGAAAAAACCGAAUUUAGGGUAAAAUUAGAGAAAUAUGAAGCAACAGCAAAAACCAAAAUCAUCCGUGAAAUAAAAAAUAUUAUCCAAGGGAUGAAUUUAGUAGAGGCCAAAAAAUUUGUAGAGGGAGUUCCUAAAGUUAUUAAGGAAAGUGCGCCAAAAGAAGAAGCAGAAAAAAUUAAAAAAACUAUUGAAGAUUUAGGCGGUUCUGUCGUGUUAGAGUAA